AUGGUGGGCAGUACCGGUGAGCAGUACCGGGGGCAGUACACGGUGGGCAGUACACGGUGGGCAGUACCGGGGGCAGUACCGGGUGGGCAGUACCGGGGGGGCAGUACCGGUGAGCAGUACCGGUGGGCAGUACCGGGGGGGCAGUACCGGUGGGCAGUACACGGUGGGCAGUACCGGGGGCAGUACCGGUGGGCAGUACCGGGGGGGCAGUACCGGUGGGCAGUACCGGUGGGCAGUACACGGUGGGCAGUACACGGUGGGCAGUACCGGUGGGCAGUACCGGGGGCAGUACCGGGGGGGCAGUACCGGUGGGCAGUACACGGUGGGCAGUACCGGGGGCAGUACCGGGGGGGCAGUACCGGUGGGCAGUACCGGUGGGCAGUACCGGUGGGCAGUACCGGGGGCAGUACCGGGGGGGCAGUACCGGUGGGCAGUACCGGUGGGCAGUACCGGGGGCAGUACCGGGGGGGCAGUACCGGUGGGCAGUACACGGUGGGCAUACCGGUGAGCAGUACCGGUGGGCAGUACACGGUGGGCAGUACCGGUGAGCAGUACCGGGGGCAGUACACGGUGGGCAGUACCGGUGAGCAGUACCGGGGGCAGUACCGUACCGGGGGGCAGUACCGGUGGGCAGUACCGGUGGGCAGUACCGGUGGGCAGUACACGGUGGGCAGUACCGGUGAGCAGUACCGGGGGCAGUACACGGUGGGCAGUACCGGUGAGCAGUACCGGGGGCAGUACCGGUGGGCAGUACCGGUGGGCAGUACACGGUGGGCAGUACACGGUGGGCAGUACCGGGGGCAGUACCGGUGGGCAGUACCGGGGGGGCAGUACCGGUGGGCAGUACACGGUGGGCAGUACACGGUGGGCAGUACCGGGGGCAGUACCGGGGGCAAGCCGCCCCGCUCGGGGCGGGGCGCAGCCGGUGCGCUGGUCCAGCCGUGCCGGGAGCGGGUGCGCGGAGCCGUGCGGAGCCGAACCGAGCGGAGCCCAGCGGGGAACCGGCGCUGCCGGGGCCUCCCCGGUGCCCACCGGGCCGGGCCGGGCCGGGCCGGGCGGUGGCUGGAGCAGGUGAGCGGCGGGGCAGCACCGCCCGGUGCGCUCUGCAGCGGAGACACGGGGCCGGGGCUGGGGGGUCCCCGCAGCGAGUUCGUCGCCCACCGGAGCCGCCCGGGCUCGGUGUGCCGGUGCCGGCUGGGAGGGAAGGGGCUGCACCCGCCGGGAGAGGAGGAGGUUUUCCCCCGGCGCUCGGUGCUCCCGGGCAUCAGUCGCGCCCACCGGGACGCAUCGGUUGGAUCUAUGGAGUCGUAA